UUUUUUUCUUGACGGGGAUUUCCUGAGGAAGUAAGGCCAAAGCAAAGGGGGCUUUCCAACCACUAGACAUCAAGACAAGAGCAAGUCAGCAGCGGCUGCUUUUUCUGCUAUAUUCCCGUAUGGAUUUUAGUACAUUUCCUUUUAACAUUCUGUUUUUAAAAUGUCAGCUACCGAUCAAAAGCCUCUAGCUGCCUGUUUUAAAACCGGCAGUGUUUGGUCGUUUUCAUUGUAAGCGGUUACAUUGUGGUGUUCAUGAACGUGCCAUUCAUCGAAGCUCCAUUUGUAACAUUGUAGCUCCUGGAAAACGGCGUUGCGUUGGCCAACGUUAUAUCUGAUUCAUGUCAUGUCAGCAGGGCGGAAUGCGGACGGGCGGGAGCUGCAGAUCCCCCUCCAGCAAUGCGCUCUCUCCCUGGCCGCUCUCUCCCUGGCCCAGCGCCCCUGGCCCAGCGACCACGUGGCAGGCUUCCUACCCCAGCACGGGGGCUUUAGGGACCACUUCGUAGCCACCCCGGAACCCAAGUACUGCUGUGAGUCCUGCAAGCUGGUGCUCUGCAACCCCAGGCAGACAGAAUGCGGACACAGGUUCUGUGAAACCUGCAUCUCUGAGCAGCUAAGCAAACCGAAUCCAGUAUGUCCAGAAGAUAAUUUGUCUCUGUUCAAAGACAAGGUCUUCCGUGACGUAUGCUGCCAUAGAGAGAUUAUGGCUCUGAGAGUGUACUGCAGGAGUGAAAAGAACGGCUGUAAGGAGCAGAUAAGUUUACAGCAGGUCAUGGAUCAUUUAAAUGUGUGUCCGUAUUUUGAGGUGCCAUGCCCGUUGGGAAAGUGCAAAGAGAAGAUGAUGCGCAAAGACAUUCCUGAACAUUUGAGUUGGAAAUGUAAACACAGGGAGACCACCUGUGAAUUCUGCAUGCAGAAGAUGGCCAUGACUGAGUUACAGAAACACAAAGACACCGUUUGUCCUUCAUUUCCGGUGGCCUGCCCCAAUCAUUGUACUUUCCCCUCCAUCUUACGGAGCAAACUGACAAGUCAUCAACAUGAGUGUCCAAAGGCUCAUGUCACCUGCUCCUUUAUACGCUUUGGAUGCAAUUUCAAGGGUCUCAACCAAGACAUGAGGGACCAUGAAUCUAGCUUUGCCUCUGAACACCUGCGGUUGAUGGCAACCAGGAACACUACACUGGAGGCCAAGGUGGAGGAUGUUAAAGGAGAGCUUCUGGAGCGGUACAAGGUUCUGCCAGGCCUGAGCAGCCGUCUGUCUGAAACAUUGUCUCACUACGAGGAGAUGAGGGAGAAGAAUAGACAGCUGGACCAGAAGCUCAAUACCAUGCAGGAGUUGAUGAGUUCCCACUCUGAGAAGCUUCUGGAGAUGGAGCUGGAGCUGAGGUCUCUGAGGUCUGUCCGAGAGGAGGUAGAGACCCUCCGAGGAACCGUGGAGAGCAUCCGCUCCAGAGUCGCCACUCUAGAAGGAGGACGGGGCGGGGCCAACCCAGCCACACACACACUAGAGACACAGCUCUCCCGUCACGACGACAUGCUGAGCGUCCAUGAGAUCCGCCUAGCAGACAUGGACCUGCGCUUCCAGGUCCUAGAGACGGCCUCCUUCAAUGGGAUGCUCAUCUGGAAGAUCCGUGACUACAAGCGGCGGAAACAAGAGGCUGUGGCAUCAAAGACCCUGUCUCUCUACAGCCAGCCUUUCUACACUGGCUACUUUGGCUACAAGAUGUGUGCCCGGGUCUACCUGAACGGUGACGGCAUGGGGAAAGGAACCCACCUGUCUCUGUUCUUCGUGGUGAUGCGUGGCGAGUACGACGCCCUGCUGCCCUGGCCCUUUAAGCAGAAGGUGACCUUGAUGCUGAUGGAUCAGGGCCCAGCCAGAAAGCACUUAGGGGAUGCCUUUAAACCAGACCCCAAUAGCAGCAGCUUCAGACGGCCCACGGCAGAGAUGAACAUAGCCUCGGGCUGCCCGCUGUUUGUGGCUCAGACUGUGCUGGAGAACGGUACUUACAUCAAGGACGAUACCAUCUUCAUUAAGGUCACAGUAGAUACAUCUGACCUCCCUGACCCCUGACCUAUGGUCUGUAGAGAACAGCAGAUGUAUCCAGAUCAGUUUUAUCUAUCAGAGGGAGAGGUGCCCUUAUGUGAGAGAGAUUGCAAGAUGAAAUGGAGUAAAAAAGAAGGAAGCAGAACGAGAAAAGAACAGAACAAAAAAGUUAGCAGAAUAAGGUUUCUUUGCAGAUCUCAGUGUGUAGCCUAAGCCUGCAGAAAGAGCUGAGUGGACCUCAGAGCAGUAGCCUUUGGUCCCUGUGUUGCUCACCAGAGAGGUGAGAGGAUUCUUUUUCAACAAGGGAGAUAUGUCACAAGCAGGGUUGGGUAGGUUACUUUCUAAAUAUCAUCCGUUACAGUUACUAGUUGCCUGUCCAAAAUUGUAAUCA